AAAUGGCGAGUCUGUGCAGAAGGCAGCAAUGCACGAUCGAGAGGCGCGGCUUUCGGCAGGAACUUGACUCGUGGCGGCAUAAACUCAUUCACUGUGUAGGGUUUGAAAGCAUUUUGGAGGGGCUGUUUGGACCAGGACUAGUAAAAGAUCUUACCCUUUUUCAAGAUUGUGAGCCACAGGGAGUGUCAGAUUGGUCAUUUAAUGAAAACUGUCUCUUUUGCUGCUUAAGACGGGAAAAAGUGAAGGAAAAUUUGGUUGGUUUGAAGAACCAAGUUUUAUCGGAAGCUGGCAUCUUUAAGCAAGAGCAGUCCAACAUUAACAAACUUGAGAAGCAAGCAGAAGACUUCCUCAAUGUUGUCUUCUACAGAAAGGCAGACCUCCCAAGAUUCACAGACCCCCACAUUCCUCUAGUGGCUCGUGAGAUCAUGCAGCGAAUGAUCCGACAGUUCGCUGUGGAAUAUACCUCAAAAACCAGCUCAACUCAGGACGUACCCCAAUCCAAGUCACAGCCAAACGGCACCAAGGACCAAAGCCUGCCGAAAGCGCCCUCGCUGGAGCCGGACGCCUCCACACCUGAUUCCGUCUGUGGUGGCACCGGUACCGGCACCGCUGCCUCCGCACAGAAUCCCGUUCUCAGCAAGCUUCUUAUGGCAGACCAGGACUCCCCACUGGACCUCACCAUCAAGAAACUAGAGACAGAGCCCAGUGAACAAGAUGGAGUCCUUGACCUCUCAACUAAGAAGAACCACAGUCAUGGUAGUGUCUCACUGAAAAGAUCUCAUGGUUUCUCAAUCGUGCCCACAGUUAAAGGGCGUUCCCAGAGAGCUGAUCACAACUAUCGAGAUGUUGAUGAUGAAGAUGGCUUGCCACCGAGAAGCUUGCAUGAUGGGAUAAGGGAGAAUUGUAUUGGUUCUGAACCCAUCAAGCCACCAUUGGUUCACUCACUUCUCAUAAAAGAGGAACUCCUGAGUCAGAAGCACCGCCUCAUUGGCCAACCAACACCUCUUUCAUUGGCUAGCCUAGAGUCCGUAGGUCUCCUCAACAGCCAAGCCCUUCUAUCCCGUGAUGGAGUAUGGGGAAAAUCUCAUCUAGAUGGCCUCCUGAAGCUUAAACAAGUAACUGGCAACCUUAGUGACAUCAAUGACCUGCCUCUUUUCCAGGAGAACAAUAGCAUAUUUUCCAAGGGUACAAAGUCCCUUGACACCAGUUCCAUUACGAUUAAGAAAGAACCGGGACAUUCCCCUCCAGUGGACUUGAAGAUUCCACAAGUCCGAGGCAUGGACCUGUCCUGGGACUCCCAUGGGAAUGCUUCAGAUCUCUACAGUUUUAGCUCCUUAGCUCUGGGCAACGUGCACUCUGAGAAUGCACUCAGCAGAAAGUUGAGGGCCAUCUUGCCAAAGCAGAGUCGCAGGGCUGCCCUAGGAGGCCUUCUCGAUGGAGGAGCCGUUGGGGAGUACUGGGGUGCAGACAUUGAGCAGCCAACUUUGGGGCCCCAGUACCCAACAUCUGAUCCAGAGGCUGACCCAACAGGCUCCAAGCAACCCCGAAAGAAAAGGGGCCGCUAUCGUCAGUAUAACAGCGAGAUACUUGAAGAAGCCAUUGCCGUGGUGAUGAGUGGGAAGAUGAGCGUUUCGAAGGCACAGAACAUCUACGGUAUUCCCCACAGUACCUUGGAGUACAAGGUCAAGGAGAGGUUGGGCACAUUGAAGAACCCACCAAAGAAAAAGCUCAAACUGAUGAUGAGGUCAGAGGGGCAGGACUCUGGGAUCAUGGCUGAAACCGAAUCCACAUCAACGCCCGCCACCACACCCAUCGCAACGCAAGUGGAUGUUUUGCAAGGGACAGUAGACAAAGUCGAGUAGAUUACACAAAACACCUCAGAAAAUGGACGUGUUUUAAAUUCUAACAGAAAGAGAACACUAAAAUGAUUUGGAAUUAACGAUGGGGCUUUAAUUGUGCCAAUUUACUUGCAGUAUCUGGGUGAGCACAACUGCAGGGAUUCACAGGAGGAUUUAAGCCUGAUUAGGACUUGGGAUAAGAAACCAAUUGGCAGUUAUCUCAGUGGUCACAUUGACACUGCAAGCAUUUGCUGAAGUUUUUUACAACAUAAAGCAACAAAUGCAUACUAAAGCCAUAAGAGAGUAAUAAGAGAGACAUUUCAUUAGAAAAAAAGAAAAGCAAACAGAAUAACCCUUCGUUCUCCCCCUUCAUCUGAACUUUUGCAAGCUGUGCCAUUACUGCAGUGCGUUUUGGACAGCAUGCCAUUUUGAGAAAUGAGAAGUGGGGUUUCGAGGGCUGUGCGCAAUGAAAUUAACCCUUCAAAAAAUGAAUUAAUCUCAUCUGAUUUGUAGAUUUAUGAAAUAAGUUCACAUUCUUUAAUUUAUUUCAAAUGGAGUUGACAAGGAUUCUCACCAGGGAUCUGAUGCUGGCACCGUUUUCUAUUAACAGGUAAAAAAUGGAUUUCAACUCUUCAUACUUUCCUCCUUUUAUAUUCUGUACCAUUUAAACAGACUAAUGUUUAGACACAUCCAUAAAAAAAAGAAGCUUAAAAUUAGUCAUUCAGGGAUGCAUGUUUGUGAUGUUUAAAUAUUUUUUUUAUUUUUUUUAUUUUUUUUUUUUACUUUACUGUAACUAAACUUUCUUUAACUCUAGCGCUUUCUUUUGCACUACACUUUCAGUCUGGCACUCGCCAGAGCCUAAAUCUGGCAAUGAGACCUGAUUACCUCGACAUUGCUUGCAUUACGCACUUACUGUUCUGUCUGUACAACAUACUACUCAUUUUACAAUACUCUUUUUCUCUUAGU